UUCUACCAGCCACAGUACGCAGACUUCGGCUGGACGCAGCUGAGGUAACAACUGCUUCUGCCAGACAGCAUCAGGUUCUCCGGCCUGCCUUCACUCGUUUGAGCCCAGCGCCGGACUGACUCUAUUUGCAUAUCCAUAACCUAAAGGGUGCCUGGCCCUGAAGGGAGGGGAUAAGAACUUCCGAUCAUAGAUGGUCUGAGAACCCACUACUGUAUGAUCAUAUCUGUGAAAUCAUUCAUGUGCUGGCAGCCCCAAAGGGUGCAUAAACCAGGGACUCUGAUAUCAUGCGGCAGAAGACCAAAUUAUUUCUUCAAGCUUUGAAGUAUAGUAUUCCUCACCUUGGGAAAUGCAUGCAGAAACAGCAUUUGAAUCACUGUAACUUCGCUGAUCAUUAUUACAAUAGAAUAAAGUUGAAAAAAUAUCACCUAACCAAGUGUCUGCAGAAUAAACCCAAGAUAUCAGAGUUAGCAAGAAACAUCCCAAGUCGGAGCUUCUCAUGUAAGGAUCUUCUGCCUAUUAAACAAGGAAACGAAAAAUCCUUUUCAGAAAACAUGGAUGCAUUUGAAAAAGUGAGAGCAAAAUUAGAAACACAGCCACAGGAAGAAUAUGAAAUCAUUAAUGCAGAGGUUAAACAUGGUGGAUUUGUUUAUUAUCAAGAAGGUUGCUGCUUGGUUCGUUCCAAAGAUGAAGAAGCAGACAGUGAUAAUUAUGAAGUUUUAUUCAAUUUGGAGGAACUUAAAUUAGAGCAGCCCUUCAUUGAUUGUAUUAGAGUUGCUCCAGAUGAAAAAUAUGUGGCUGCCAAGAUAAGAACCGAGGAUUCUGAAGCAUCUACCCUUAUAGUUGUGAAGCUCAGCGAUCAGCCUGUAAUGGAAGCUUCUUUCCCAAAUGUGUCCAGUUUUGAAUGGGUAAAGGAUGAAGAAGAGGAAGAUGUUUUAUUCUACACCUUCCAGAGGAACCUUCGUUGUCAUGACGUAUAUCGAGCCACUUUUGGCGAUAACAAACGUAAUGAACGUUUUUAUACAGAAAAAGACCCAAGCUAUUUUGUUUUCCUUUAUCUUACAAAAGACAGUCGUUUCCUCACCAUAAAUAUUAUGAACAAGACUACUUCUGAAGUGUGGUUGAUAGAUGGCCUGAGCCCUUGGGACCCACCAGUACUUAUCCAGAAACGAAUACAUGGGGUUCUGUACUACGUUGAACACAGAGAUGAUGAAUUGUACAUUCUCACUAAUGUUGGAGAGCCUACAGAAUUCAAGCUAAUGAGAACAGCAGCUGAUACCCCUGCUAUUAUGAAUUGGGAUUUAUUUUUCACAAUGAAGAGAAAUACCAAAGUUGUAGACUUGGACAUGUUUAAGGAUCACUGUGUUCUGUUCCUGAAGCAUAGCAAUCUACUUUAUGUUAACGUGAUUGGUCUGGCAGAUGAUUCAGUUCGGUCUCUAAAGCUCCCUCCUUGGGCCUGUGGAUUCAUAAUGGAUACAAAUUCUGACCCAAAAAACUGCCCCUUUCAGCUUUGCUCUCCAAUACGUCCCCCAAAAUAUUAUACGUAUAAAUUUGCAGAAGGCAAACUGUUUGAGGAAACCGGGCAUGAAGACCCAAUCACAAAGACUAGUCGUGUUUUACGUCUGGAAGCAAAAAGCAAGGAUGGAAAAUUAGUGCCAAUGACUGUUUUCCACAAAACGGACUCUGAGGAUUUGCAGAAGAAACCUCUCUUGGUACAUGUAUACGGUGCUUAUGGAAUGGAUUUGAAAAUGAAUUUCAGGCCUGAGAGGCGGGUAUUGGUGGACGGUGGAUGGAUAUUAGCAUAUUGCCAUGUUCGGGGUGGUGGUGAGUUAGGCCUCCAGUGGCACGCUGAUGGCCGUCUUACUAAAAAGCUCAAUGGCCUUGCUGACUUAGAGGCUUGCAUUAAGACGCUUCAUGGCCAAGGCUUUUCUCAGCCAAGUCUAACAACCCUGACUGCUUUCAGUGCUGGAGGGGUGCUUGCUGGAGCAUUGUGUAAUUCUAAUCCAGAGCUCCUGAGAGCUAUGACUUUGGAGGCACCUUUCUUGGAUGUUCUCAACACCAUGAUGGACACUACACUCCCUCUGACAUUAGAAGAAUUAGAAGAAUGGGGGAAUCCUUCAUCAGAUGAAAAACAUAAGAACUACAUAAAACGUUACUGUCCCUAUCAAAAUAUUAAACCUCAGCAUUAUCCUUCAGUUCACAUCACAGCUUAUGAAAAUGAUGAACGUGUACCUCUGAAAGGAAUUGUCAGUUAUACAGAGAAACUCAAGGAAGCUGUUAUGGAGCAUGCUAAGGAAACAGGUGAAGGUUAUCAGACCCCCAAUAUUAUUUUAGACAUUCAGCCUGGAGGCAAUCAUGUGAUUGAGGAUUCUCACAAAAAGAUUACAGCCCAAAUCAAAUUCCUGUAUGAGGAACUUGGACUUGACAGCACCAGUGUUUUCGAGGAUCUUAAGAAAUAUCUAAAAUUCUGAAAUGCUACAUUCAACUAGAAAUUGGAAACCCACUGAAAUAUUUCAUAAUCUUAUUUCCAAUUGGGUUAGCAAAAGUGAGAUUUUCAAGUUAUUAAAUAAUUUUUAAAAAUUUGCUUCUCCAUCCAGAUUUUGCUUAGUCUACAUCACAUUUGCUUAUACAGUUCUGUCCAUUGAUGCACCUAGGACAGUAGUUUUCAAAUCAUGCUCCUUAGGACAUGGAGUAGGGGGUAAGGAAAGGACUGGCGACAGCAGAACUGUAGACCUCCCUUCCAGUCAGAACAGCUGUGGUUUUGUCUGUCUUACUAGGAUUAUCUUUAAACAGUUUACAAAUCAGUGUCCUGCCUCUUUGCUAGUGAACAUUUGUAGACACAACGACAGUGAGUAAUCCUCCAAUUUCUAUGACUCCAUUUUAAGGAAAAAGAUAAUAUUCUUCACAUCAAAAUUCAAUAGAACUUUCGAGUAAUCUGGGGUCCUAAGGUGUUCUGAUCAUCUCUUAUUGAUGCUAUCUCAAAGUUACAGGUUCCUACAAGUGACAAUUUUCUUAUAAACAUUUUAUUCUUUCAGAAACAUUUGAGAACCUUUCCUAAAGCAGUUAUAUUCAAGCUACAGAAAUAUCUCAGAAUUAAUGACUGUUCAUAAAGUUUACCCAGCAGUGUGCUAUACAUGAAGUUACUGCAAAUGCUUAUGACAGAACGCCAGUGUCUUCAUCUCUUUCAUAGAGGUGCCUAACACAAGCUGUAUAAUAUGUUCAAUACACUGGAAUAGCAUGCUUUAUUGGAAACAAAGCAUCUAUCUCUGAAAGCUGUUUGGUGGUGAAGCAGAUUCUUUGUGUUAUGUUCCAGGAUGAGUCCGUCUCCCUUGUUCAGAAAAAUGCCGCUUGUAUCAACUACACUGCCUUUGUCAGCCGAAUUGGUACUUAAUCUUAUUCUCACUCUUUCAGGAAGACCUGGAAUGAUUUCCUGUAGAUUUAGCAGUGUUGAUUCUCCAAAAUUGAGAAUCACAAUAAAGAUUCUGUCUAUGCCAUCCAGCUCUCUUGUAUACACAACAUAGUGGCUGUCAUUCCUCAGAUUGCAAAACCAGCCUCUGCUAAGGAGCAGCUCAUUGGCAUGAAGUAGACUUAAAUCUUGAUAUAACUUCAAUGUUGAUCCAGGAUGAGUCUUUUGGACCUAUUUUUUAAAAAGAGUAUUUACAUAAAUAUUUGAUUCUAAGAAUUUUCUUAAAAUAUUUUUAGUGUCUAAUAAGGAAUUAUUUCCCCAAAAACCUUGCUUCAAUUUUUCCCCUUAGGCCUGGCUGGUCAGCACAGUUGAUUAGAGCAUGAUGCUGAUAAUACCAAGGUCCAGGGUUUGAUCCCUGUAUAGGACAGCUGCCAAAAAAAAAAAAGUGCCCCUUAGAAUAACUACCAAAUUGUAAGCAUUAAUAAGUAGAUAAGAAUAUAGAAAUUUCAAAUUCAGAGUUUCAACUUGUCCGGGAAUCAUUGCAGAAUGCACCAUGCUUUGCUAUAUCUUAGAGACCAAAUCUGACUCGACUUGAAGAAUCCCAAAACAAAUGUCUUAGGUUAAUGGAUAUUUAACUUGCCUAAAUAAAGUCACUUUAUGCUAUAUUGUAAUUGCCAAAUGUCUGGAAGAAAAGCAACAACCAUGGCAGUGGACUCUGAGAAAUGAUGAACUUGGGCUUAUCUGUGUCUUUCGUAGAAUAAUGUGUAGGCUGAAUGGCAGAAUAAUAUUCUGUUGAAUGGUUUUACCAGUGAAUGGUUAUUACCAUUCCCUUUCAUGUUAACAUUUGCAUUUAUAACAUUUUCUUAUAUUUUUAUUCCUCUCCCCCCAUAUUUUAUAUUAUUUAUUCAGGAUAGAUUACCAGAAAGACAAUUACUAUGUCAAAGAACAUGGACACUUAAUACAUAAUGCCAAGUUAGUCUUCAUAUUAGACACUUGAUACAUAAGUUGCCAAAUCAAUGGUCAUGUUCAUUUCACUGUACUCUUGCCAGCCACAUUUACUGGGGUGGUUAUUGCUGUUGUUCUUCAAUGACUAUUUAAUGGGUGUUUGAAAAAAAUGUUUAUUUUCUGUUUAUCAGGUACGAAGAUAUUUAUGGUCUUGUCAAAGUUAUUAUUAACAUUUUCUAUAGCCUUAGAUAAUGCAUGAAAAGAACAUAGUGCCACUCACAUAAGAAGUGCCCAGUGUUAGCUACGAUUUUUGUCUACUUAUCACUUUCUAGAAGUAUGUCGAAGUCUCUCCCUGUAAUUGUGGAUUUCUCAAUUCCUCUUUGCAUUUCUAAGUACUUGUUUUACAUAUUUUGAAGCUACUGUUAGAUGCAUAAAGAUUCAUGACUUUUAGUGCAAUGUUCUUUUAUCAGUUUUUGAAAGUUGCCUUUGUCUCAUAUAAUGCUUUUCAUAUUGAAUUCUAUUUUGUCUGCUAUUAAAUAUUUCCAAGCCUG